ACACGUGGUGGUGGGGGAGUGGGCCGUUCCUCACGUGCUGCUGACGUGUGUAAUCGAUUACACGUCAUGUCAGGGGAGCGUGCGAGCCAUACGUGUGUGUGCCCCGCCCAUGUCAUAAAGCACGGGGUGUGCCACGAGGGCGGGGAUUAAUGUCCACGUGGCGGCUGUCGUGUAGUUGGGUGUGUGUCUCCGAGCACUCCGAAAGGCGCCUGAGAAGAAAUGGGAAAGAAUCUUUCGUGUAGAAUGCUCGCCCAGAUCAUGCUAGGAAUGCCGAGGGCGAUGGCGAUGGUGCUGGAAAUGGAUUGAGCGAUCGAUCGAUCAGAGAGAGAGAGAGAGAGAGAGGAGAGGGCGAGAAGGAGGAUUUGGGCGAUGACCUCGGGGUCGAGAACACCCACAUUCCGGGAGCGCGAGAACAACAAGCGGCGGGAGCGGCGGCGGCGCGCCAUAGCUGCCAAGAUCUUCAAUGGGCUGCGGCAGCUGGGGAAUUACAACCUCCCCAAGCACUGCGACAACAAUGAGGUGCUCAAGGCGCUGUGCCGCGAGGCGGGAUGGGUUGUGGAGGACGAUGGCACCACGUAUCGAAAGGGAUCCAGGCCGAUGGAGAGACUGGACGCGUGCGCCUCCGCCCCCGCCAGCCCCACCUCCUCCUCGUACCGCGCGCUCACCGAGAGAUCGUCGCUCAUCGGCUGGCUAAACGGGCUCUCCACGAAUGGGGGACCGAGCAAUCCCGGCGGCGCCGCUACCGCGGGGCUCCCGCCGCUACACUGGCACCACAGCGCCCCCGUGACGCCGCCGCUGGACUCGCCCCGCGCGGCCGCCGCGGGCACCGCCGCGUCACUCAAGCCCGACUGGGACAACGCGUGCGUCACGCCGACGUUUAUGACGUCGUCGGUGCCGCGCGGUACUGGCGGCGGCGGUGGCGGCGGCGAUGGUGGCUGCGACACACCGGUGUCGGACGUGGGCGACUCGGACUACUCGGCGCUCGAGUUCUGGAGCCGGUAUCGCGAGAGCACUGGGAGAUGGGUGAAUGGGAUGCGAGUCGGGGGCAGCGCUGGAUCUUCGAAUUGGUUCUCGGGCUCCGCCACUCCGGACUACUCGGGAUCGGUCACUCCAAACUAUGGCUACGCCAAUUUCGCCGCCAAUCAGCACCAGCUUCCUCCAUUUCCACCGCGCCAGCAGCCGCAACACCAGCAGCAGCACCAGAUCAAUCUCAAUCACAACCAGUGCGAUUCUUCCCCGAUCCAUCACCGGCAAGGAGGGACGCAAUCUUCCCCUUGCUCGAGUAUGUGUGGAGUCGUGUUUAACAACAGUAGCAACAAUGGCGAGGUCGUCUCGCCGCCACCGCCGCCGCCUGGAGGAUCUGUUCUUGCCCACAAUCUGGGAGACGCCGCCGUCAGGAUCGUGGACAGGCUCGAGCUCACACUCGCCACUCCGGCCUCUUCUCCCUGAAGAACACGACGGAAGAUCAAUCGCAUCUAUCUCCAUCAUCUUAUCUACAACUAGAGGAUUCGCCCAGAUCGAUAGUGACUCUCAUGUAACAAUUCUUUCUUUUGGUGUUUGGUCUCUUUUCUUUCUCUACUUCCUCUUCGUGAUUGGAUUCUUCGCGAAAGGUCAUUGAAUUGCGCGAUCGUGGCAGUCAACAAGCCAACCCACAAACAAAGUGGAGCUCCAAAGUUGUGGACACUACUAAAAGGCCUUUAAAUAAGUUAGAUGGAUAGACCAGA